AUGGGUACUGAGGCUGUUGAGAUUAUCUAUACAAAUGGUUUGACUAAAAUCUGUGAUGGAAUCAGUCAGACUCAAAACGAUUCUUCUUGGUUUGAAGAAUCCAUUGAUGAAGAUCUCAAAUGGUCUUUUGCGUUGAACAGCGUGCUGUGCAAAGUGACAAGUGAAUACCAGGACAUAACGCUUUUGGACACAAAGCGUUUUGGAAAGGUUUUGGUGAUUGAUGGCAAGAUGCAGAGCGCUGAAGUGGAUGAGUUUAUUUAUCAUGAAUGUUUAAUUCACCCUGCUCUGCUCUGCCACCCUAACCCUCAAAAUGUGUUCAUAAUGGGAGGUGGAGAAGGGUCUGCUGCUAGAGAAGCUCUCAAGCACAAGUCAAUAGAAACAGUUGUUAUGUGUGACAUAGACCAGGAAGUUGUUGAUUUCUGUCGUACUCAUCUGACGGUAAAUCAAGAAGCAUUUUCUAACAAGAAGCUUGAUUUAGUCAUUAAUGAUGCCAAGGCUGAAAUAGAGAAGAGAAAUGAAAAAUUUGACAUCAUAGUUGGAGAUUUGGCAGACCCAGUUGAAGGAGGGCCUUGCUAUCAGCUCUACACAAAAUCUUUCUAUGAGCGAAUUCUGAAGCCUAAACUCAAUGAAAAUGGAAUCUUUGUUACUCAGGCUGGACCAGCAGGGGUUUUCACCCACAAGGAGGUCUUCUCCUCUAUAUACAACACAAUCAAACAAGUGUUCAAAUAUGUGGUUGCAUACAGUGCUCAUGUGCCAUCUUUUGCUGAUACUUGGGGAUGGGUCAUGGCAUCAGACCAACCCUUCUGUAUCAAUGCUGAGGAGAUAGACAGGAGGGUUGAAGAAAGGAUUGAUGGUGAAUUAGUUUUUCUGAAUGGUGCUGCUUUCCUCUCCUCUGCCACCCUGAAUAAGGCUGUUUCACAAUCGCUGCUGAAUGAGAAUCAUGUCUACACCGAGGAUGAUGCAAGAUUUCUUCAUGGGCAUGGGGUGGCUAACAAAAAUUGA